UCUGUACAAAUUAAUUUAUUUCACACAACUACUGGCUACAAUAUCUUUACCUACGACAGUUUUUCAUUAAAACCUAUAUAAUUACUUGCGCAAGAGUAUUUAUCACAACGUAAUAUAAUAUAAAACGGUCAAGUCUCGUCUAUAUCGUAACAACGGAACUACAAUUAAUAAUUAGUAUUUAUAGUAAAGAUAUAAUAAAAGUAUCCGUAAUCCUAUUAGUACCGCAAGCCUUAUGCUGUAAACAACAAACUACAAACCGAGUUCAUGCGAUAACUGCGGCGAAAAGAAACAAAAAUUUGCUUUGACCGUGGACUUAAUCGUGACACUCACAGCCAUAAUUUUGUCCCUAAAUUUCGGCAAUUUUGUAAUUUUUAGAAAUAAGAUAUCAAUGGUUAAUUUGGGGCAGUGUCUAAUAUUAAAUGUUUGCAGUUUAAAUGUAAACAAUAACCUGUAAUAUUGAAAAACGUUGGCAAAACACUGUGAGUGUGAUGAUAAAGUGCAAAUAAUAAAAACAUCUUGCUCACUGGAGCAAAUCUCAUAGAAAUCAUAUUUUAUUUCAUUCUCAAAACAAACGGAGGCGUACCUCGUGCAAAUAUUGUUUCUACGUUCGAUGUUUUGGAGUAUAUCUCGUCUGUAAACGCUACAAUAGCUGUGUCAGCUUAAGCAUUGACGAGCGAAGGUUUUUCACAAGCCGCGAUUUCAUCAACUUUACGUUUCAUAACGAAGGAUAAUCGAGUUAAUUGUAGUGAAUACAUUCAAAGAGUUUUUGCGGUAUCUCUACUGAUUUACCAAUGUCAACGAAUUAUACUCACAUCAGCCUAUGAACAUAACAAGGUAACAGCAUGGAGCUACAAACCACCAACAAGGUAAAAGACGCGAAAGAAGUUUUCAUUCUUCUCAAUCGAGAUUUUCGCAUAUCAAGAAAUAUUCGACUAAGUUGGUUUUUCAAGAACCUGAAUUUACCUUUCCAUGCAAUUAACCCAAACGAUAAAGAUGCAGCAGAUACUUCUGGGGUCCAAGUUGUAUCAGUUGUUCCUUCAGAAAAUGAUGAGAUACAAAGUGAUAAUGACGUUUACCGCGUCACUACUGAUACAAAACUUACAUUCAUUUCAAGCGGAUGUCGAUUGGUUUUUGGACUUGAUUUAUCCGCGUCUUUAUUACGUGUGGACACAUUUCAGCAUUGCGUUGUUAUAGAAUCAAUUCUAUACAACUUGGAGGAAUGUCUGGUGUCAUUAAUCAAGCCCCACACCUUGCCUGGGACUUAUACCGGUCCGCUUAUCAACCCUGAGAUUUAUGUGACAAUAUUCGUUCAAUGGCAUGGGACCAAUUAUAACAGCGAGAUAAGUAUUGGUAUGGAAAGAGUGAAGCAGAAGGUUCUUGUACAAGGCUGUGUGUUAAAUGAAUCCUCUAUCUGCCACAUCAUUGAAACAGUAGAAAGCAAGGUAUACAACAUUAUACGAAUGGAUGAACCUGGACGGUUGAAAUCAGCUCUGCAAAAACGGGAUGAUAUCCUUGUUGGUAUACUACGUACCGGGUUGCUAGCACUUGGCCUUUUACCAUCAAACACAAGCUCUGGAGUUAUUAUUUUAACUGAUGGUGUCCUUGGGGAGCCAGAUGCUUCAACGCUUGAGCUUCUACUCAGCCAAUACCAGAAUUCAACCACUUCAUGCUCAUUCAUUCAUCUCAACCCUUCAGCUUUCUCACUUUGUGACUUCGGUUGUAUCUCCAACUGUGAGUUAAUGCAGUUUGUUGCUAACUCCACUAAGGGUCAAUAUAUAGACACAUUUGCUCUGCCUGUUACUACAUCUGAUGAAAUGAACUAUUACCAGAAGUCCUUGUUGCAAUGGAGGUUUCAGAUGUGGGAUAAAGAGUUGGAAUUAAUUGAUGUUCCAUUAGAUAACUUUCGCAACCAAUGCUCUGGUAUUGAACUGAGAAGCAUAAUACGAUACCCGGACGCGCAAGAGACUUUAAUCACCAGAAAACAAGACGAGAGAACUCUUCGUGUACCUUUAAACACAGUGGUUAGUUCCCGUAUUCGUGAAGGUUACGAGAUUAAAAGCAUCACGCAGACCAAGAACAACAUAGAGAUCCAUUUAAAAUAUCUAUGGUGGAAAAACCCAACGUAUAUUGAAUACAAAGCAUCAGCCUCAUGGCCGCUGUCGAGAAACCCAACCAAGGUAGUCGUUUAUGUUACAAGCACGUAUGAGUUCCUACACGAUGCCAGUAAACGAAGCCAAUCAAAUAACUGGAUGAUGCCAAGACGACAGCUACUUCAUAGAUUCCUGAGGUUUCUUCAAGACCUUCUUCAAGCUGACCACAUGUUAUACCACCUUCAGUCGUUUGUGAACGACCCUGUAAGAUACACAAUCUUUGAUAUCCUGAAGCAUGGACAGGGCUUGUUCUAUUUGCCCCCAAACGCAUCAGAAUACGUUCUAUCCACGCAGGCAGAGCACGUGCCAUCUUUAUUCUCAUCAUAUUGGAAACCUAUCUUAUCAUUAGAUGUAAGUAUAUGGCAGAAGUGGUUGCACAUACACCGCAUACAUCUUAUACUAAAACACGAUACACCACUACCGAAGUUCAUCUCUGAUGGCCAAAACAACACAUUCCAAUGCUGUCUUGCAUUCUCCCACUUAACCAUGAUGCUAAAGAAUUGGUGUUCAUUUGUGCUAAUGGAGAACCACACAUAUGUUAAGUUUGUGUACGAAUCAACCAAUGAGGAAACACCAACCUCAUUUUUUCUUGUCAGGCUAUCCAACAAAUCCCCAGCUUUGGUUCUUAAACUUGCUUUCCAAAUUGGGGUGGCUGGACAGACCAGGAAAAAGCUUGUAAUGGAGUUACAAGAGAAAGUUGCUGCCCUUUCCACCCCUACUGCUACCAGCAUAAAGAGAUCUAGACACCCAACUGCAAGGUCUCCCGGCACGAAAUCAAACCGUCCACAUUUCUCUGCAGCUGAAAACUGUGCAGUGUUAAUGCACAAGCCUGUGGAUCAACUGUUAGUGAGGUAUCAACAUCACCCGAGAGAUUAUUUGAAGCCGCCACCUUUGCCUGAUUAUCAGCACCGCACACUAGCUGGAAGCAGUGGUGCUGCAAACCGCAUGCGAAAUGUGAAGUGGUAUUUACAGCAUAAGAGGUAUGUAUGGUCCCUCACUAACACAACAGCCACCCCAUUACGGAUGGAAGUCGCUGAUGAUUUAUCCAAGCUACUGGUGAAGCUGCGACUCGCUGAGGGAUAUCACAUCGCUCAUUCAUCAUCAGGGGUUGUGAAUUUAACUCGAGAGUUUCCAAUGACAUCAUUAUGUUUGGACGGUCAUAACUCAGAUGUGAGCAACUAUUGCUUGGUCCAGUACGUCCUCUUUCCUGCUAUGCUGAAAUCAACUGAGUCUUCAAUGAGUAGCAAUGAUACAGAGGAAGAUGAGGAAGAGAAUGAAGCGAGAGAAAUAAUCCUCGCUGUGGAAGUAUGGGUCGAGCCUCAAGAUGGCGCUAUACGUCAAUUUAUUCCGAAUCUUAAGUCAGAUAACUCCAGUUAUUCUAACACUCAUUCAACAAGCACAGGAACAGCUAGCACCAGCAGUCUUCACCAGGAAGCAUGCACAAGUCGGGACAUCGUGCCAUAUUAUGAGAAUCUAACUCACAGCGAAGUUGCUGAAGCUAUCAUAAAAAACGACACCUUAUGUAUAAGUAACGUGGUGACUUUGGAACAUAUCCAGUUGAUGUGCUCAAACGAUGAGGUUUCAAAUAUAUUCCCAAGGAUUUCUACACGAGAUACUUGGCCUGCAAAUCAGGACAGCAACAACAGUGAGAUAAAACCGAACCUCAGAGCUCAGACCUACCAUAUGUCAGUUGAACACAUUAGUAACGAGGUAAUGUAUUUUCCUUGCUUGUUCAAUACAGUUGCAUUACUGGACAAAAGCUCAAGGGUUAAGAUGUUGUUUAUGUCAUUAUGUGAAGACAAAUGCCAUACAAGCAGCCCCAAUGUUUCUCUCUUCUCAAAUUUUCACAACAGGCUGGAAAAUCUAAGCGACUGCGAGAUAUCAUUAUCCACAGAAGACCAAAUAGAAAUCAACCAGCAUAUGGUGAAGAGGAAUGAUGAUAUGAAAACGCAUGGUAUAGAAGAGGGUAGUAAUCAAAACUGGCGUUGUUACUUGAAAAGAGGGGAUGAUGGUCAGGUGUUUGUCAUUCUUUUCCCUGCAACAUAUUCGGACUUUGUUAAAAUGAUUAGCAGCCAAUGUGAUGAACAGAAUGAAUGCAGCACCAGCUCAAGUGCUAAUACUUUGAUGGAGAGUGAAACAAGCGCACAGGAGCCAUCCAUCUUAUCUCCAACUUACACAAACAAACCAACAGAAGCAGGUUCUAUAUACAGAGCAGCACGUCGCAUUUCCGUGAAGAGACUUGCGUCCAUGCAUCAAGAUGAUACUGAAGUUACAAACCAACCUCAGCUUACAAACUACACAAUGCCACUCUAUGUAUACAACUGUUCAAUGCAGGCUUUGGUUACAAGUUCUCUACAAGGAGUCAAGUUACAGCAUGAGAUAAAAUGGCCGGACUCUAUCCAAGACCACAGAUUCAACCAAAGUAAUACACCAGCAUUCCAUGACAUGCGUACAACAUUUAAUCUGUCUCCUAGCAGGGACUUUGACACCGUGAAGUCAUCUCCUUUAAGUCCGGACACAAAUGAUGAUGUUUUCUCGCUUCAUUCGACAGAGAAUGCUCAUUUAAACGGCGUCUGCAACAACAUUCUUGAUCUUUAUCAUAAAUCAUUUGUCGUUGGAUUGUUUGCUGCUGUGCAGACCAAGGAAAAUUUGGCCAUUAGCAAAGAUGAUCUAAAUAUUGUCACAGACCUUAUAUGCAGUGAGUCUUUAGAUGAAAUUGAUAUCACAGAUCUUGUGCUUUUAAAUUGCCCACAAGUGAUUGAAUUCAAAAACUCCCAUCUUGGAAGCGCGAAGAAUGCAUCAGAUACUUUCCCUCCAAGUUGCGACAUUGAAGAUUUGUGUUUGGAUGCAACUAAUUUAAAGCACUCCAAUGAGCCAAGCCACCCUGGUGAGAAUGCUACAUCUAAUUCAGAGGAAGUUGAUAAUGUAUUAAAUAACCUAAAGGAAGAUAACCCGAAGGUGGAUAGUGAAGAACCAGUACAAGGACAAGAUCCUGCCACCAUCACAAGAAACAUGACGUCAACGGAUCGGAAAAGUGCCUUUCACUCUGUUCCUCGUCACCCGAGGCGCACAAGAGCCUCGGAGAAUGAGCCUGUUGCCACACGGGGGAGCACAAGCACAGAUGAGGACCUGGAAGAAAAAUCGAAUCAACAGAAGAAAUAUAAAGGUCGAAAAGUUGAGCGUCAGUUGCCGACGGUGAUAGUUAAAAAGUUGGAAGCAAAGUCAACGUCCCCAGUUCAGUUUGGCUGGGACAAUCUUCCUAAGUUUCCAUUCUUGCUUCUCCAAACAUCUCAUGCGCGCCACAUCUCUGGCACAAACGAACAAGUUGAGAAACAGUUUCAAAACAUCCUGAAUAAGUACUGCCAUGUAGUUCCAGGUGUCCCUGAUUUAUAUUAUGCAAAGAGACCAGGCACUCCUAUUCGUGAAGACCCAAUAUCCCACAGCCAACCUGAUAGCGACUUUGACACCUUACAUUUUGAUGUGAGUCACCAGUAUGACAACAACCAGAGUUUAGAUACUUCUUCCCCUGCUGUUUACAAGAUGGAGCAGGAACCAAAUCUAUUUGUAAGAUCGCCGUAUGAUGAUGAUUCAGAUUCCUCUGAUGAGAGCAAAGAGUCACCUUUAUUUCUUUGUCUUACCUGUACGGUUAAAGAUAGAGCAACCGGGAACCAUGGAACCACAGCUGUCAAUAGGCUUCCCAUGAAACUGCAGGAUAUUCUGACAUGCUUUGAAAAACCUUGCGAGGAGAUUUUCCUCAAAGAUUUGAAGAUAACUCUUGACUUGAUUUGGAUAUAUCUUCCCAAAGAUGCAAAGCUUGAAUCUGAAAAUUCUACAAUUCCUAUUGAUUGCUUACAGUGUACAGAAGGUACAAAGCAAAGUAUUGAGUGGCUUCUGGAAGAUGAGAUUAUAUCUUCAUUAAGAACUUGUGAGCCUAUCAAUAAAACAACACUGGAUCGAGCUGUAACACACAUCAUGAAAUCAAAGUCAACUAACUGUUCAGUUCUUCCCGUUCCACUAAACUUUAUUUUCGGCACAGACAAAAGCAAGAACCUUUUUGCUGAAGAGUUUGAACGUAAACGUCUGGCGAAUUAUAAGCUGAAAAAAGAGAGCGACUAUUACUACCUCAGCUUGGAGCAAACUUUGCCACAGCUACCAAUCUUCACUUCAUCCAGAUGCCAAGUAAUCAAUGAUAAAUCAGCCGCAGGUAAAUCCAAAGGAGAAAUGCAUGAUUCCAGUUCUGAUUUCAAAACCGAUUCCCCAAAACCAAUAAAAGAUUCGUUCCAAGACACACCUUCGUUUCCAAGCCCUGUAGACUUCCAGUUCCUACUUGGACAACCAACACAGAACACUGCUUCAACAUUAUCUCUUCAUGCAAUAGAAGCCGAUGUGAACCCACUUACAAGGUUAAUGAACACUCCAUCAUUUAAAUCAGCCUCAACCACUGAUGUUACCUAUGGCAGUUUUCCUUCUCAAAGAUCAUCAUCUGUUUCCGUAUUGAAAGGGAAUGAGUCUUACAAGCCACCAAGUAAAACAAGACCUUCACCUUUACACCUAUUGAGACCAACAGCUUCAGAUCAUUCCCUUCGUGGCUCCUUGGCUCAACCAUCGCAUCCGGUCUUAAACAUUUCAUUAAGCAGUGGAACAAGCAGAGAUGCGGGCUGUUUUUCCCCUCUUCGCCUUGCUACAGGCAGCACUAUGUCCAUGCCAGUAACACCUUCAGGAACAGGUUCUAAACAACCUCAGUUUUACUUUCCCUCCGAUGUCCAGAAGCAAGUUUAUGAAUCCCACCCAACAUUUUCUCUAAAUAACUUUUGCCAAGAUGUCGCGGUUAGCCCGAUAUCUGACGCAUCUCCAAGACACUUCAGCCAAACAAGUUGGCUUGGGUCUGGUUAUGAGGGUGAAGCAAGUGAAUCUGAAGGAGAUGAAGAUGGUUGCCACAUCCUACAAGAAGCUUACAGCCAACUCCCAAACUUCUGGCUCAUCGUACAAGUGUUAGAAAACUCUUCCAAUCUCUUUUUUCACCUUCGAAACAGCACUAAAGUUUUAUCCGCAGUUCAGGAAGAACAUUCAAGGAUCUUCAAAGCAAUUGCAACUAAUAUAAGAUCAGCAUGCAGAGGUAUCAACCAAACUUUACUUUUAAAGGAACUUCACUAUAGUCUCAAAUGUAAUCCACUUCUUAUUGAAAACACUGCUGAAGAUAUUUGGAAAACAGAUUCAUCUAGUUUCUAUCACACAUCUAUAGAUGAUACGGCUAGGGGUGAGAACAACACAGAUGGUGGAGAUUACCUGGCAGCUAACAUGAUCAUGCCACAUGGCCACUUUGAAUGUGAGUGUGUAUAUCAGCAAUAUAUUCAUUUACAUCACCGGAUAGCAGAACCUACAUCUUCUGUGAAUCAAUCUAUUGCUUUGUCCACUGUGAGAAACGCAUUCAAGAUUGGUUCUGUAAUAAACCAGAAGAACAUGUACGUGUUUAAACUCGAAGAUGAAACGGUUUAUUAUUGUCGCAUCAAAGAGGAAGGCAGGAGAAGUGAGACUCCAUCAGGAAGAAGGUCAUCUCUGCUCCCAUCCGGAUCAGAGAGUGAUCAUCCUCCACUGAGGAAACGAGACUCAAAGAGGAGUUUGAAUCAGGAUUAUGAACCAAAGCUCUGCAUCUGUUGGUAUGGAGUCCACCGACCAAAGUCUGACCACAAAGCCGAACUCAAUACAUUAAAGGAUUCUGUUGUGAGAAGACUGGAUGAUGUGGUCAUAGAGAACAUCACCUUAAUGCUGAGUAGGAAUCCACAGUUUAAACUAACCCCUGCAGAUGUAAGGCUAAUUCAGCCAAGACUGCUUAGUGACCAUGGGUCAGUUUACCCUGUUGCGCCAGAAAAAGCUUUACAUUUCUCUAUUUCGAAAAGAAUGGCAACUAAAAAAGAUGUAUCAACUUUGUUGUAUUAUAUUCAUCAGAAUCUGUUGCAGUUCAUGACAAUACCAAGGUAUUCUGAACCAACGUCACUGACUGGGCACUUCUUACCUUACUGUACAGGAAUGGUUGACAAUUCUGCCAGUAAGGUCACAGUUCCGAGCAGCAUCUAUCUUUUUAAUGGGUACGUAGAGAAAAGAAGAAAAAGGGAGGGAAUUGGUUGCGUGUUCUUUGAUAUAUUGAAUGUUUCUGAUGAAGCUGGAAUCACUAUGGAAGAAUUGAGCGAUAUUAAUAAACUUAAUGAAGUUAUUCAAGUGAGAAGCAUAGAGAAUGUAGAUGGUGGAACUAAAACACCACUUCUUAGCUUGUACUUAUGGAUCCGAGGCUCUUUAAACCAUGAAGACCUUCAAAAACAUUUUGAAACUUCCGUGAGAAAUGGUUUGGUUGACUUUAUACUUGAGAGGCUUCUAACACUGCCAUUACAUGCUGCACCAUCACCUAAGCAAAGUGCAGGAAAAACUGAUGCAAUGCGGACACUGGAUUUCUCAUCAGGUGCAUCUACAGAAACACAAACUUUACAAAUAGUUAGCAAAUCAAAACUUGAGGACAAACAGCAAAGAGAGCAAAUACCUACUUUGCCGAUUGAUAAUAAAGAGACGCUCUCACAUCAUUAUCAUAGUUUGUUACUUAACUGGUUGGAGCAAAUAAAGGAGCUGUCGAUCCCUUCAUUGCAUUAUAAGGAUUUGGAAUUUAAAUGUCAGUUAUGUUGCAAUGAGGUUGUUAAUAUUGUGAAAAUUGUCAAAGAUGUCGUGUCGGACUCAUCUGUGCUUCUGUAUCUUAAAACACAAAGCACUGAUGGGUUUGUUCAAAUAAUUGAUGAAACAGAAGCCACAAAACUUCAUGUUUUUCCUGGGCAAUCUUACCAGUGUAUAAUUAUCACACGAAACUUUAAAUUGUGGAAAAGAAGUGCUGGCAUGGAUACUGAAGCAUUGAAAACUACCUCGAGGUCGUUGCAAAAGUUUGAGGCUCACGAUGCAUCAGUUAAGCCAGAUAAAAGUCCGUGUCCACAACAUGAAUUAAUAACUUCAUCAUCAUUUAUACCAAGACAACAUUUUGUUUACCUUACGAUGUCUAAUAAUAAUUUGCUUACCUGGUGUUAUAACUUGUCCAAUGAGAAAGCCCUACUGUUGUUUAAGAAGUUGUCCAAAUGCUCUGAGUUCCACAAUGCAAGGUUUUUACUGCUGGAAAAUAUAACGUAUCAAAAACUUGGUCUUUUUAACGCUGGUGUGAAAACCAAACCUAAGGACAUUUACUCAGUGGAGAUGCUGUCCUAUUAUAAGCAUUACCCUGUUGGUGAAAAGAAAUACAGAUCCGCGUUUGUGGAAAGAUAUGUGGAUGAUAUAUAUUUGAACAACCAACCUAUGCAACCAUUUGGAAGGAUGGAGACUUCAGAAAAAGAUAAAGUGAAACUAAACGGCCAGCAAGCCUUGUCCAUGAUUAAGAAGAAAGUGGAAAUAAACGAAGAGAAAAGAAUGCAUCUUGUUGAUUUGUAUCAUUCAAUAUGCCAUUCAACUAUGACAGUACAAACUGUCUCAGUGACAACUUUACAUGUAGUGCUUGCUUGCAGUCGACAACUAAGUCAAGCUUACUCUCCAAUGUUAUGCACACAAGAAAUGAGACAAAGGUACAACUGCUUGCUUGUUCAGAAAGAUGGUGGAUCUGAUAAAGCUGAGAAACUCACUAAACCUCAUUCCAUGCUUUCAAUGAAGUCUUCCUUCCUAGGAGCAUACAGGAGAAAAUCCGGGGACUCAGUUUCGAAGCUAAAUCCUGACAAACCUGAAGGUUGUGAAAUGAAAAAGGCUUUCAAAGACAUCUCAGCUCAGUUUGUUGGUUUAUACUCCAAGCAUUGGAAUGGGUUUGCUGAGUUUAAGAUAAAAGAACCAUCUGGAGCUCAGGUUAAGGUUGCUGCUAAGAAAAAACAAAGUGCGUUGUAUGAAAAGUUGGGAAGCACAAAUUUUCUGUACCGUGCGAUCCCUGGUGGGAUGCUACUUAUCAGUUUCAAAGUUGGGGAGGAGCAUUUUAAUGUCAAACUGUACGCUCUUGAUAUUUCACAAUUUUCCAACAUGAUAGAAACACCUCAACAAAAAUUAAACGUAGCUUUUAUCAACGAGUGUGAAAAAUUCAAAGAAAAUCUAAACGGAAACAAGUUUGCUCUGACUUUUCAUAUACACUGCAUUAGACAGAUCUUAAGAGAUGACAUGCACCGUUAUAAGCAUUGUGAUGUCAUUGGGAUGCUUCAAGGGUUGAUCAACUACUUUCAACCGCUGCUUAGUGAUGUUUCCUCACACCUCAUGCUUGAUGUGGUAGAAGUGGCUUGCCAUACUUCAUGUGUAGGAAGGUUUUAUAACUUCCUGGUUCGAACAGUUGGUCAUAUUCACUUUACUUCCUACUGUGUCAAUAAGAACAACAGUGAAGAUAGUAUCUUGUUCUCGUUGCAACCACUUGAUAAACAACAUACUUCUACUUGUACAUCCACAGCACAUGACGAUCGGAACACUUGUGUGAUUGUGGCUCCGAUUGCCACGGAUUCUUCGGAAUCCAUAACCUUGCAAUACUUUGUUCUACUGAGUAAAAAAGAGCAACAUGUGAAGCGGCAAUAUUCACAAUCAUCCACCAGAGAAGGAGGGCAAGGGUCAAGGAGGUUUUCAGAAACUACCGAUGCUGCGAUAUUUAACAAAGUAAAUAAGAUUCAAAUCAAAUCUAUUGAAGACAAAACCUCAAGGGCUGAGCACAAUUUUGCUGAUUGUGAGAAGGAAAGAACAAGAAGUUCACUUCAACGUAUUGUGUCGUUUGCAAGUGAGGAAUGCUAUAGACAAACUUUAUGGGAGAAAUUAACAUUCGCUGCAUCUUUUGAUAAAACCCAUCACGAUUUCACAUUUUCAGAGUUGGAUGUUUUGCUCAGUUUAAUGCAAUACGAAUCAGCGUCAAAAUUUGAUCCAGAAAUUAUGAAAAAACUUUGCAAACAUAAACCGGUAAAAAGAGGGCUUGCUUUGCAGAAGCGACUCUUGAAGAAGUUUCCUAAGAAAACAUUAACGCUUGUAACAAAUGAUGGCAGCAUCACACGCGUGUGUGUGAUCAACCAACAUGUAAUGAUUGUGGUUGAAGUCAAGAACGGGGCACAAACUUAUGAGAUUAAUGUUGCCCAACCACACAGUGAUGUGCUACAGUUGCUCCCACAAGCGAGCGCUAAUAUAUCUGGUGAGGUCCAACAACAAAUUCAACAACUACUAAAGUUGGUGCUACAAGAGUCUCACUUUGAUAUCAUCUUAUCAUGGACGUAAUGAAACAUUUUAUAUUUAUCUUCAUGCAUGUUAACUGUCCAUCCACAGAAAAGAAAUGUUGGUUACUAAACAUAAGAGUCGCCCUUUUUUCUCUAUCAAUUUGUUUAAAUUUCUAUAAUUUAUCAACUAUGAAAGUAGUGUGACACGAGCUACUUUUACCGUGGUCUAAAUUUAAAGUGUGUUGAUAACCAUAUUUGUUAAAAACUACACUAGAGAUAUAUCGUAAGAAAUAUAUUGACUGUGUUUUUCUUUCAAACUGAUUAAAUUUUGUUUGUUUUCAUUCAAGUUUUCACAUGGCUUUGUUUUGUUUAUCAUACAAAGUCAUACAUUAGAAGAAUAAUGUAUUUCAGUAUCUAUUUGUGUUGUUUUUUUGACAACUAUUAAUUGUAAACCUUGUUUUGGUAAAUAAUCAUGUUUCUUGCGUAAUAUGUUGAAUUUUGAAAAUUAGUUCUAUUACGAGAACAUUUUUUAGUUGUACCUGUUGCCUUAUAAUUUACUGCCAUUCAAUUUGUUCAAUUCUUUGAAAUAUAUUGAGCACCUAAGUUCCUGUAUCACUGACAUGCAGUUAUUGUAUACAG